AUGGCCUCUCUCACUGCUCCCUCCCACCCGAAGCCGACCCUCCCAAGAUUCACGAUCCCCUGUGGUGAUCACGUUCACUCGCGCGAGUCCUCUCCCUCACCUUGCGACACUCCCGACGGAUCUAGAUCUAGCAGCCGCCGACGCCCAUCGUUCGGCUCGAUCAAAGAGGACGUCGACGGCAUUGCGCAAUCAUUUGUAGACACCCAUCACGCGCCCUCUCCCAAGGAGCAAAAAGAGCCUGCAAAACUGGAACUUCAGGAAAUGCAACAGACUCCGGACUUUUGUUGCCCAUGCGGUGGUUUCUUGGGAUGGAAGCAAAUUCGUCUGAGCGGUAAGAGUCUGAGCCGCAGUUAUGGGGACCUCAGAGGAUUGGGCAACUUGCAGGCUAAAGGCUGGGCAUGGGAGACGACGGAAUCCGGACGAGAGCUGGUUCCUCCCAAGGCCCCAGAGAUAGUGGAGCAGCCGCUGACUCCUGCUGGAAUUCCUCCGGGGACAUCGGCGCUGGAGAAGCUCCCCUCUGAAGUUCUGGAUCAAAUCAUCUCGCACCUGGCUCUAGAUAUCCCGCCAAAUGGAUACACUCCGCGCAACGUUGAUCUGGUUUCGUGUCUUUUGAGCUCGCGCACCUUGCAUGCGGCGACUUUGAGUGUGCUGUACAGGAACAUGACAUUCCCUCACUCGAUCAUCUUCUCCAAGGCUCUCACUCACAUCUCGUCCUACCCGGCUCUUGGUACGCUGGUACGCCGUUUGGAUUUCUCCCACUUUACUUCGGUUGGCCUGGGUCGGACUAAGCAGAUGAAUGCUGAGAUUCAGAACCUGACUUCGCGGACUCUUUUGCAGUGCUUGGAGUUAUUGCCUAACUUGCGGGAGUGUCUUUUGCAGGAACAUCUUGAGGGCGAUUUGAGCGUGGAGGUGAUUCGGAAGCUGUUUAUGGGCCUGCCGAUCUUGCAGGCAGUGGAUCUUUGCGGCUGCUCCACCCAGUCCUUUUCCUCGGUUUUCCAAGAGGCCCUGAUGGGUGGCCCUGCUUUACCUAUGAGCCUGCCCAACCUGAAGCGACUCUCUCUUCACGAAUGCAGCACCAUCCCGGCGCCCAUGUUCGAUUUCCUGCUCCCGCGGCUGAUUAAUCUGACGCACCUUGAUUUGACCAACACUCAAAUCAACGAUUCUGCUCUAUUUGCCAUCCCUGAGACCGCCCGUAUCACUCACUUGAGUCUGUCUCGGUGCACCCGCCUUCACCCGCCUGCACUGAUCAAGUUUUUGACCACCCAUCCGGCUGUCUGCGAUUCGUUGGUGUUCCUGAACCUGCUGACAGACGCUACUCGAUUCCGGCUUCUGGAGGAAGAUGAUGUCACGGCACUGCUGCCCAAGCUGCCUAACACUCUUCGCUCUUUGAAUCUGGGUGGGGCACGGAUCACUUCGGCCCAUGUGCCGCUUUUGCUUCCUCUGACCAAACACCUCGAGGAACUGGGCUUAAGCUCUGCAGAUCUUUCCGUACAGGAUGUGAAUACUUUCUUCACUCGAACGAAGGAGAACGUGAUCCCCAGCACUCUGUGCUACCUCGAUCUUGCCAAGGUGACGCAGAUGACCAUUGGUUCCAUCUUCAACAUGAGCUCAUGCCUUCUUCUGUCGGAGCAGAGCUACCCACUGCAAGUGGUUGAGUUUAGCGACAAGAUUAUCACCCCACUACGUGAACGUAGUAAGACCCAGCGCGUCUCUGUGGGUUGGACUGUGCGAGAACUUGGUCGCCGCGGGUGGUACGUUCGGGACCCUGCUUCUAUGCCCAACUGCCCAAUCGACGAUGGAUCUCGCUCCUGGAAGAUGGGCGCACGCUGGUGGGGCAUGCGCAAGAUUCCUAUGGCAGUCGGUGAUGUGGGCGGCAUCUACGGACAUUACAUGUUUAAGAAAUGA